CCCCCUCCCACCUUCAUUCCAUACCUCAGCAUCACCCAAUCAGGGCAUCCAUGGGUAGCCUGGCUGUGGUAUUUAAGAUGGCCACAGGAACUGGUUUGUGCAUUAGAUUUUGGAUCUUUGGAGGAUUGUUUUGGUGCUGGUUCCUGGGGUAAUACGCUGAUAGUUUUGAAAUCUGAAACCGAGAAGCAAAUAAAAGAACCUGUGAGACCAUGACUACCUUCACUCCAGAGGACUUUGGCUUCACCUUGCUGGAGGAUGGGACUUCUGUCCAGGAUGUCAUCGAUCAGAAGAUCGACACGUUGCGUGCGGAGGAGUCCAAAGAGGCCUUCUUUGUGGCGGACCUGGGGGAGGUGGUGAGGAGGUACCAGUUGUGGGUACGUGAGAUACCUCGAGCCACGCCCUUCUACGCCGUUAAGUGCAACGACAGCCUUCCCAUUGUCAAGACACUUGCGGCCCUGGGGACAGGGUUCGACUGCGCCAGCAAGUGUGAGAUGCAUCUCAUAACGUCUCUCGGGGUGGACCCCAGCAGGAUCAUCUUUUCCCACACCAUCAAGCCGCCCACCUACCUGAAAUACGCCACUUCCCUUGGGAUCCAGAAGAUGACCUUCGACAACGAGGCAGAGCUUGUUAAGAUCGCCCAAUGCUGUGAAAAUCCCAAGCUGGUCCUCCGCAUUACUGUGGAUGACACGCAUUCCAUGUUCUCCAUGAGCACCAAGUUCGGGGCGAAGCUGGAGACAUGCCCGGCACUCCUGAAACGUGCGCAGGAGCUGGGCCUGGACGUCAUCGGGGUCAGCUUCCACGUGGGCAGCUACUGUAUGGAUCCUGUGUCCUACAAAAAGGCCAUCGAAAAUGCCAAAGGCAUCUUUGACCUGGCGGCAACGAUUGGCUACAAAAUGACCUUCCUGGACCUUGGUGGAGGAUACCCUGGGUUUGACAUUCCCGAUGUUGUUCACUUUAAACAGAUGGCCGUUGAAAUAAAUCUCGCUCUGGACAAGUACUUCCCCGUCAGCUCCGAAGUCCAAAUAAUCAGCGAGCCCGGCCGCUACUUCCCAUCGACAGCCUACACGCUGGCUGUCAAUGUCGUCAGUAAGAGGGUGGACAUCAAGAAGUUCAGUGAUGACAAAGAUGACGGGGCCAAGGAGAAGAUCGUUAAUUACUUUGUGAAUGAUGGGAUCCACUCUUCAUUUAGAUUCGUCAUUUUCCACGAUACCUACGUCCUGCCAAGUGCACAAAAGAAAAGUAAGCCAGGUGAGUGCGUCUACCCCAGCACCAUCUUCGGCCAGACCUGUGAUGGGCACGACCUCAUUGUGGAAGAAUACAACCUGCCGGAUAUACAGGUGGGCCAAUGGAUGAUAUUUAACCACAUGGGGGCCUACUCCGUCACCACUGCCACCAACUUCAACGGCUUCCCGAUGCCUAAAACCAACUUUGUGAUGACCCCGAUAUUAUGGAAACAGCUUCAGGAGAUCUCUGCUAAGGCGGGCCAAGAUCGUUUGAAGCUGUGCUGUCUCAACGCUGACUUGGAUUCCGUCUGCACAGUGAUGCCUGGCCCCACCCGCAAGUGGAGAGCUAAAGGGGGGGAGGGGAAGUAGAGAGGGUGAGAG